CUAACACGUUGAGAAUGCCGCCACGCGGCCGCAUUGAGGCGACGUUGCGAGAUUAUCUCGCCUCGUUUGAAGGCGGAGAUGUUAACGAGUCCCCAGCACUGAUGCAAAUGCGGUACCAGCGCUACCUGUCGUCAGCAAGCGCCUUGGAAGAAAUUUGGGUUGAGCUCGACACGCAGUCGCGCGAUCCCAGCAACGUGCCCGUCAUGCUAGCAUGGAUUGAAGCUAUUGAGAAGCUCAAGGUGCUGGAGUUCUUGGAGGAAAAGAUGCUCAGCCUUGGCGCGUACGGGCUCGGCGUUGUUGGCGACUACCCUGGCGACACCCUGCAGGAGCGGGUUGGGCAGCUGGGCUUCAUCAAGUCCAACGCCAGUAACCUUCUGAUUCUGUUGGACAGCGUGCCUUACGCGCUGAACCUCGUCACUCAGUGUGGCACGCCAGCACAGCAGCAGCGCGCGCUUGCGCUCAUGGACGCUUUCCUGGCCCGCGGGCUCAUGCUCGGCGUGCGCAGCACUGUGGCCGCGCUCAGCAGCGUGUGUGACUUUAUGUCCGACCCCGCCAAGCUCGCGAUCCUCAACGGCGGCGGGGGCUGCUGCGAUGAGGGCGAGGGCUGCACCUGCAACGCCGGCAUCGCCACGCACCUGGGCUCCAUAAAUGCACUGGCAGGUGCCAAGUACUACCGCACCGCAGCGCAACGCCUGGCAAUGCAGGCUGCCGAUCUCAAGGAGCUGGCAGGCGGCCGCCGUGGUGGAGGCGGCCUCGCUGCCGCCGUUAAACAGGUCGAGGACAUGGUGAACACAAUUGCGACGCCAGCGGCACCAGGCCCGGGCCUUCCUGGCGAGGGCGUGGCAGCCAUGAUAGUGGUGCCACUGCCGAUGGCCGUGGCGCUUGCGGUGAUGCGACAGCCGGAGCCGACCCGCCGGGAGGAGCGUGAGAUAGCGUCGCGUGCUGCCUUCAACGCGCAUAUGGCGGCAAAGGAUUUCGUCACAGCAACCAUGUGCGUCAUGGCAGCUCUGGCCGACAUGCGGUGCGCAGCUGAGGCAGUGGGGCGCAAGGAGGGUACAGGCACGGUGGCAGCCACAAAGAAGCUUAAGAAGCUGAUUUGGGAGCUGGAGGAGUCGCUGGGCUCUGGAGUCGUGGUGGGCCUGCAGAAGGCGCUGGUGCAGCGGCUGGUGGUGCACGGAGGCGUCGAUGUCAGCAAUGGUGGCAGUGGCAGCAGUGCUGGCAGAGGUGGCAGUAGGGUUAAAAGCACUGGUGGCGGGCUGUGGCUGACAGACAUGGAGGCCCGGCGUGGCAUGCUGACGCUGUGCGAUCCACGAGUGGUGGGCCCUCUGGACGUGACCGACUCAGCGCCCUGGCUGGAGGAUGACCACUGCUGCCUGCUGUACAGCACCCUGUACUGCUGGGACGUGCUCAGCAACAGUACGGCACAUCCAAGCGGCGGUGCGGGUUCAGCAGUCAGUUACAAGCAGCUGCCACCCCUGGCAGUGCGGCUGCGGCUGGCAUCACGUGCGGGGGAGGCAGUGUGGCGGCUGUGUGGUGCAGCGGCAAGGGGUGAUGGAUCUGGUGGCAGGCGGGGUGGGCUAGGCGGUCGACUUGCCUACUCGCCUCAGACACAAUGGCAGCUAGCUAUGACACAGCCGCUCAUCAGCAUUUUCGCCACCGUGGACAAGGCCCUGGAGGGCAAGGGCGCGGCAGGGCCGGCGCUGACGCCAGCGGUCCGGCAGGCACUGCUGCCGGAUGCUAUUGAGGCGGUGGGCUGGGGACUGGCCAUUGUGUCAGAGGCGCUGGCAACAGGAGGCGAUGCGCGGGCGCCUAUGGGUCCAGGUGGUGUGCAUCGCAGCUACCUGCAGGCACAGGCGGACCCCAGCUGCCGCUGGCGCGGCCUGGCACAGCUGCUUGGAGCGCUGCUGAGCACCCUGGCCGCCGCAGACGUGGACGCCACUCAUAUGGCCGCGGCCCUGCGCUCAAAAGUGGUGACUGCGCUGUGGCGCUGCGGCGCCGCCCUCUCGCUGGACCGCGUGCUACGCCUGUCACUGGGCGCGGCGGGCGCGGCCGCAGGGGCUGGCGGCGCCGGUGGCGCUGGGGCCGCUUACGGCCUGUCGCCGACCGGCGGCGCGCCCUCACCUCGCCUCGUGAUGCUGGUGACGCUGCCGCUGAUGGGCGGCCAGCUACUGCCACUGCUGGCGCCGCGCGCAGACGCCGCCACCGCCGCAGGUGCUGCAGCCAGCGCCAGCAGCGGCAGUAGCAGCACCGGCGCGAAGCGCAGUGCCGACAAAAGCAGUGUGGGCGGCGCGUCGGCCACGGCGCGCCUAGGGCUGUUGGUCACGGCCUCCAAGCACGCGGCCGUCCUGACCCGGCAGCUAGAGCGCGUAUCGUCCUCUCCCGCCUCCUCCCCAGCCCCGGCGCCUGACCAGGAUCUAAUGCACAUGGCCACGCUGACGCUGCUGGUGCUGGCGGGCGGGCUGGCGGCGUUCCGGUCCGACCUGCAGCACCAGCUGGUGGCGGCCGGCACGGCGGCGGCGCUGCAGGCGCGCUACCUCACCGACGCACCCGGCUUCCGCGCUGCCAGCGCCCGCGCCGCCGCCGCCUACAUCACGGCUGAGGCCAUUGAGGCCGCGUCGUACACCCUGCGCGCCGCCGCCGCGCUCGCAGCCGCGCUGGCGGCGGCGCUGGUGCGCGCCGCGCCGGCGGCGGCAGGCGGGGGCGGCAGCGGCGGCGUGGCUACCGUGGACGUGGUUUCGCCGCUGGGCAAGAGUGCCGGCGAGGCGGUGGGGGAUGUGCUGGUGGAGUGGGCGCGAUGCGGCAUGUUUCCGCUGCAGCUGCCGGCGGCACAGCUGCUCGCAUGCCAGCCGCCACGGCUGCUGGCGGCGGCGUGCGCGCUGCUGGCGGCAGGGCAAGCGGGGCCGGACGCGCGCAGCAACAGCCUGCAGCUGCAGCAGGGGCGCCAGCAGCUGGCGAUGGGCAUUGUGGAGGUGUGUGUGGCGGGAGGCAACCACAUCGAGCUGGGGCCACUGAUGCACAUCUGGCUGGCGCCGCCGCCGAGCAACAGCGGCAGUAGCAGCAGCGGCAGCAGCAGCGGCGGCGGCAACGGCGGCGGCAGUAGCGGCAGCAGUGUGGGCUGCCUGCGGGCGCCGCUGCAGGGCGCGCUACCGGCGCUGUGCCGGCUGCUGCCGCCCUACGGCGCCUGCGCGGCGGCGCUUCUGCGGGAGGCGGCGUUGGCGUCCUCCCCGGCCCCUUCCCUGCCGGAGCUGUGGGUGGUCCCCGGAGCUGACGCCGACGGUAGUGAUGGCGGCGGUGGCGGCGUGCCCAGCGCUCUGGCGGCGGCGCUGUCGGCGGCGGCAGCGCUGACGUCUGGUCAUACGGCGCCGCCCAGUGAUUUAUAUCUGACUGCCAAUAACCUGGCCGCACACGUCAUCACGGCGUCUCGCCUGGAGGAUGCGGCGACGGUCAUGGAGGUCGAGAAGCCCGGGCCGGACGGCUUCACUAUGCGGGGCCUGCUGAAGGAAACACUGCAGCAGCAGCGACAGCAGCAGUCGGCGGCAGGCGCGGGCGCAGUGGCGGCGGCCGGGAUGCUGCUGCGGGGGCGGCUGGCGGUUGGUGGGGUGGAGGCUCCGUUGCCGCUGCUGCGCGUGUGCGGCAACCCGGCCUGCGAGCGCUUCGGCAGCGGUUCGGAGGCGGCGCUGGACCUGAAGCUGUGCGGGCGCUGCCGGUGUGUGCGGUACUGCUGCAGCGAAUGCCAAACAACGCACUGGAAGGCGGGGCACAAGGCGGACUGCGUGCACCUCACCAAGUCCGGAGCGGCGACCGCUGCGGCGGCGGCGGCAGCGGCGGCGGCGGAGACCGCCGCCAGCUGAGGCGUGGAGACGGGUUCACCAGCGCGGCGAAUGUGUUUCUGAAUGUCAUGCUACAUGUCUGGCUCCCUUGUCUGGGUAGAUUAUAUUCAAUAUGCGUAUUGCUACGUCGCUAGUCUGCGAUGAUGGUUGUGUGCUGGUUGCGCAUCACGUAUGCGCAGGGCGCACAAGGUGCACAUGCGAGCGACUGAAAUGUGGUGAUACGGUAGCUGCUGUGAGCGGCAGGUUGGAGUGAACGGCUGCAACGCCUCACAAGAUAUGGUGGUGGAAGGCUAGACUAGGCUGUGAUUGCAGACCGCGUGCGAUUGCUGGGUGAAUUUGGGUUAAUGCUGAGUUAUGUGUUCAUACAAGUGCCUGCGCUGUAUGUGCUAUGUUGCGCGGGCUAUGCUCUGGUCUGCGUUUGCACUAGUUUCGUAAAGCACGUCAAUAAAGGGUUAUUCAGGAACUUAGCAUGCGCAGUGCUGCUCUAGCCUGUGAUGGUGAUUGUGUGCUAGGCGCGCAUGACUUACCGUACGUUUAAAGUACAAUUAUUUUACACCGCGCACCCCUGAACCGGCUUCUAUUGUGCACCACGCACCCCACGGUGUGGCAACUUUACAGAACCACGCAGCCGUAAACUGCGAUUUGUGGUCCCAAGUGUGCGUGUACAAGGGAACCCCGCACCCCAUCCGAAACAAUUCGUGCAGAACCCCGCAUCACCCCUCAGGUGCGUGGUGUUCCGGGUUUUCUGCCAAAAUAAUUAGUUACAUGCGUGGUGAUAUGGAUUAGGUACGGUAUGCGAUAGGGACCAAAGGUGCGCACGCAGGCGCAUGAGCGAUGCAGUAUCCUGAUGAAUGAUCGGCGCGGAUAGCUGGUAACCGCAGGACUGCCGCGACAUCUCACAGUAGGCUAGAUGGGCUGUUGAUGGGUGUGUUGAACCUCUCGUCAAUGCUUGGUGAUGUGGCCAUGUAAUGUGUGCAGUAUGGGGCGGGCUAUGUUGUGCUGGGCUUGGCAGCAGCAGCGAAGGGUUCACCAGACAUCUGUGCCGGGUGUAUUGCUGGAUAGAUGCCGUGUUUCAAGGCUAGGCGUAUCGACUGCUGCGACUCCCCGGAUAGCCCGUGACGGCAAUGUGCGUGCUACUGGGUGCACACCGCACGCGCAGUGAAGCAUUGUGGCGGAGUUCCUGGACAUGACGACUGAACUGCUGUGGCAGCUUGCAUGAUAGGCGCAGGCUAGGUCCUGACUUGCUGUGAUCAUGUCGGUGCUUGUAAUGCUCGGGGCUCAGCCAUGCGCUGGUAGAUUCAAGUUGCAUGGAUGGGUAGUGGCCUUUCUGGAGCCUACAACGCUGGCCGCAACACUGCCUUUUGGGUUAUUGAGAAUACUUUUAAGACGAACCAUGGGUGCAUGGUGUGGGGUGGCGUGUUUUGCAACUGCAACGGUUGCGCGCGCCCGGAGAUGAGGUCCUGCUGAGUAACUCGCUGGCAAGUCGUGUGAUAUUUACACACCCAGCCACAAGGAUGCCGUACGUGCGCGACCAUAAUGAGCAUCAAAUGUGAGCCGUACCAGGGGAACCCCUGAGCCGUACCGCUCCAGUGUUGCCGGUCUCGUUGCUUGGAAAGUGAAAGCGGCGUCGGGCAAUACAUCAGGUCUGGGCCUCAGAUCUAGAUCACAAGACAUGGAGAUGGAGAGGUGCGAGGCCGCUGAGUGGCUUGAGUGGCAGCAACUACCGUUUUCA